AUGGAUAUGGCAAUACGUACGAAACAAUACUUAGAUGUUCGAUUUCCAAUUUUACUAUGGAAACAAUUGAUACCCGAAGAAGUUAGAAUUGAAGAUAUUGAAGCUAUUGAUAUUUCAAGUUUUACAAUUAUCAAUGAAAUGGAAGAAAAUAUUCGAAAAGUAAAAGAUCUCAACGAAUGUGACGACGGCGAUGUUAAAAAGAACUGUGACUAUUUUUUUAGUAGUGUUAUGACUGAACUUACAGUUGAUGUCGUUAGUUUGACUGGACAAACUUAUGAACUUAUUCCAUGUGGUUCUCAUAUACCGGUAACUGCUGUCAAUUUCGAAGAUUAUUGUAUGCGUUAUCGUCAAUAUCGUAUUAAUGAAUUUCAUUGA